AUGGCGGCUCAUGUGGAAGAAGAGCCCUAUUUACCUGAAGAAGUUACUGAAUCUCUUGAGAGUUUUCACGAAGCUUUGGGCAAAGUUGAAGAUGUUUUUAAGCCUCUUCUAGAGACCUCAGUGGAUGACCUAAAGGAAAAGGUUUGAAGUUCUCUUAAAAAAAAAAAAAUAGAGUACAUGUAACCCUCAAGUAGACUGAGUAGAUUUUGAUAAGCUGGAACUUUAAUUUACUUUGUAUAGCUUUGAUUUUAAUAUCACAUCUUGAGAUUUUUUAAACGUUAAAUUAGAUUGUUGGUCACCUAAGCUCUUAACUAAAACUGAAACUUCAAGGAAAACAAAUAAGUAAACGGUUUUUUUUUUAUUUCGAGACCAGGCUCUAAUCGCAUAUUUGUUCAACACUCUUAUUAAAAAUGUUGUCUUAAGCUGCGUUGUAUUAAGAAAGCAACUUAAAAGAACGAAGGUACAACAAAUUACAAAGCUGGUGAGGGUUAUUCUCAGAAAAACAGAGCGAUCGACACCCUGUAAUUUGUAGUCACAUGUACAAAAGUAUUCUUAAAAGUUCUUGAAAGUUUUAUGACUCUUUUAUGUUUGUAGCACAUGAAACACGUCAAAUCCGAAAGUUGAAUUGAUUAAAGCGAGAAUAGCCUGCAAAAACAGCCAUCUCUCCUCACUCCUCACCGCUAGGGAUGUUUUGCCAGGAGAGACGUCUGUGCCUCAGCAACAGAUUAAUUCCAAACUGAUGUCGUAAAAUCUGUGCGAAAUCUGGUUGGGAGCUCUGAUUGGUCGACAUAGUAGUUAUAUUGUUUUAGCUAUCGUUUGUGAUUGACAGACAAAAGACAAACAGUCAUAAUGGUAAAAUGUAAAUGUAAUUAAUCUACUACAAAACAGUCAAUUUUCAUGGAAUAUAUUUUGAGCUUUUCUGGAGCUUGUUCGUUGAAGGAAAGAAAAAACCAAAAAGUAAGAAAAAAACUUUACCAUUAGAUUAUCAACCAGGAGAAUAAAUUUGAACAAACUGACAUUUGGAACCCCAUGACUACCAGAUUUAUUAUGUAAACAUCAGUAUGGAGUUUCCGUCACUGAGGUGUAAACAUCUCUCCUGGCGAAAUGUCCCUAGCGGGGAGCAAGGACAGGUAGCUGUUUUUGCGGGCUCAGAUGAGGAUAACCCAACUGAUAUCUUCAAUCUUAUAACAGUCAAGUCAGUGUUAAAUUUAGUGAACCUUUAUUGUGCUGCCAAAACUACAGAACACUGGGUGUUAUUUAUUGGUUCUUUUUUAUUUUUGAUAACACUUGAAGAACAUGUCCUAUUUUAACUUUUUAUUUUCUUUUUUAGAUGAAUCCACUGGAAAGUGCAAAACUUGACCUAGUAGUUGCUUAUGCUAUCAACUCAAUGUUCUGGAGUAAGUUUUUUCUGAAACUACUUUUCCAGCUUCUUAACAAAAGCUUUCCUUUACUUACAAAGUUAAAGAGAAACACUGCCUUUAGCCAAAAGAAAAUAGUAUAAUGGGACAAUACUGCCAAAAAGGUUUAGUUGAGCAGUAUUACCAAAACUUCCAAAGUUUCAAAAGCCAUAACUACACGUGUACAAGGGAAAGCCGAUAAGCUGGAGUCAUGAGUUUUUUGUAUACUGUAAACUGCUACUUAUAAGCUCCCCCAGUUAUAGGCACAUCUGCCUGUAAACAAAAAAAAUGCAUCCGAUCAUAACCCCCCGGCCUCCCCUUCCUGGAUAAAAGCACCCCUCCAAAUGUAUAUAAAUGAAUUUGAUUUAUUAUUAUCUUAGUUAUAAGCCCCCUUGGAGUCAAGCCUCUCCGUAUGCAAACCCUGAUCCUAAAACCCCUUACAAAGAUGUAUAAGGCUGCCCAGGACUUAUAAGCGGUAGUUUACGGUAUCCCAUCAAAUUGAAUUCUGUAGAUUGUUGUGUAGAAUUUUUUAUUGUGAAAAUAAUAUAUGUGUCUCUUUUUGUAGUGUAUCUUACCACUCAAGGUGUAAACCCACGUGAGCAUCCUGUGAAAUCUGAACUGGUAAAGUCAUUUGCCUGGAAUACAUUGAGCUGCAUGUAGUACCAUUAUAUCAUUAUUUAUUGUAGCAAAUAAAGAAGCCUCGACUGUGCUCUGUUCUGUUCUAAAGCAGGCAGAAAGAAAGAAGUGUUCACAUUCCUUUUUAGAAUGGACCAAAUGUCAUGAUAUGAUUGUUUUUGAAUGGCUAAGAAAGAUGAUUAUGAGUUCAGACCAUACAAAAUAGGUGCGUGUCAGCAAAGUUUUAGUUUUAAAAAAUUUUAAAUAAGGAGAAUAUUGGCACAAUAUCACUGUAAAAAGGUGCUGGAGCACACAGCUCAUGAUUCCUUACUAAUCCUCACAGCAAGACUAUAUUUUUUAACACUAUUUUUUCUCAUGCUCUUUUCAUCCCUUUGUAUUGUAGUAUUGUUUAAGCUGUAUCCCAUAGGUUGUGCACAUCGGCAGGUUUUGAAGGUCAUAGAAGUUCUUUAACUUGUGCGCUGCCAUUUGUUGUCAUUGUAGGACAGGAUAAAGAAGUACAUGGGGAAAGUGAAAGAAGCAACAGAAAAGAAAGAAGGUCAGCAUCUCCUCUGAUCCCUUAGAAAAACUAGCAAUUUAUCUGGAAUCUACUUAAAUUGAACAAACAAUAAGUGUAAAACCAGAACUUCCUGCUUUACAAGGACGACAUUGUGUAAUUAAAACCCACCUAACUCUGGAGAUUGUGGCAACAAAUAUUUGAUUCGAAAUUUGUCAGUGAUGAUGCCUGUCUUAAAUGAUCCGGUAAACUGUUCAACAACACCGCUCCACUAUAACUGAAACUCUUUUUGAAGGUUUCAUUGCAGGAAAGUGGUACUGCUAGUGUGUUUACCAUACUUCUUAUGUUAUAAGGCUUAAGUCCAUACGAUUAAUAAAUUUUGAGCUCAAAUUUUCAAGAGUUUCAUUAUAAAAAGUCUUAUACAUAAGAAUAAAUAAAUCAAACUUACGUAGCAGCUCAAGUUUAUGCCAAUUUAGUGACUUAAAGAGCUCAUCCAGACUAGCAACAUAAUCUGAUGUCGUGAUUAUACGAGCAGUGUGGUUCUGUACUUUCUGCAGCUUCUGGGAGAGGCCCUUAUUACAAUUUCCCCAAACUGCACUGCAGUAAUUGAAGUGAGGCUGUACAUGUACAAGAGCAUGAUAAAAUAGUCAGAAGGGACAAAGUUUCUGAUGUGCUUAAUUGUACUGAUGCCUGAAGCAACCUUAAGUUUUUAGAAAUCAUCUGAAUAUCGUCAUCCCAAUUCAGGUUCUGGUCAAUUUUUUUCCCAGCCACUGGGAUGAUUGAUGUCAGGCUAUAAUUGGUCAUAUCUGAACGUUUUCCUUCAUUCUUGUAGAGUGGAGUAAGUCUUGGGCUUUCCACUCAUCUGCAAAUAUUUUCUUUUUGACAAAUUGAAUAGACAUGACAAUGAUUCAGAAAUCAAAUCACGACACUCUCUGAGAAGCUUGCCAGAAAUAUUGUCAAGACCUGUUGCUUUCGAUUUACAAAGUUUAGAUGUAUUGUUUUGUUUACAGGUAGGGGGAGCUUAUAAGAGGCAGUUUGAGGGUUGAUUAAAGAGAGGAAAGAAUUAUUAUUAUUAUUUUUUUCAAUCUGUUUUGUCAUAGCAUCUCUAAGGAUCGAUAAGGGUGCUGCUAAGAGAUUUGUGAAGAGUGCAUUGUGGAAUCCAUCAGGUAACUUAGAAAGUAACCAGUUAUAG